AUGGCUUCCAGACUCCCCAGUCAUCUUAGAGCCCCCGUCACCGAAGCCUCGGCCGGUUCCUUUGAGGGCAAGCACCAUGGCAAGUCGCAGUCUCAUAUGGCAUUUGAAAAUGCUUCGACUAGCGUCGCCGCUUCGCAGAUGCGGAAUGCGUUGAACGCCCUCGCAGAGUCGGUCCCCGACGCCAACGAACGGAAGCGCUUCGAGGCCGAGAUGGACAACUUCUUCGCUCUUUUCCGUCGCUUCCUCAACGACAAGGCCAAGGGCAACGCCGUCAACUGGGAUCGCAUCUCCCCCCCGCAGCCGUCGCAGGUGGUCAACUACGAUAAGCUCGGCAACGAGGCCUCGGUCGAGUUCCUGAACAAGCUCGCCGUCGUCAAGCUCAACGGUGGUCUGGGUACCUCGAUGGGCUGUGUCGGUCCCAAGUCCGUCAUCGAGGUUCGCGAGGGCAUGUCCUUUUUGGAUCUGUCGGUCCGCCAGAUCGAGCACCUCAACCGUACCUACAACGUCAACGUUCCCUUUGUCCUCAUGAACUCGUUCAACACCGACCAGGACACCCAGUCCAUCAUCAAGAAGUACGAGAGCCACAACGUCGACAUCAUCACCUUCAACCAGUCCCGCUACCCGCGCAUCAUCAAGGAUUCCCUGCUGCCCGCCCCCAAGAGCUUCGACUCCCCGCUCCAGGACUGGUACCCCCCCGGCCACGGCGACGUCUUCGAGUCGCUCUACAACUCGGGCACCCUCGACCAGCUCCUCGCCCGCGGCGUCGAGUACAUCUUCCUCUCCAACGCCGAUAACCUCGGCGCCGUCGUCGACCUCCGCAUCCUCCAGCACAUGGUCGACACCAAGGCCGAGUACAUCAUGGAGCUGACCGACAAGACCAAGGCCGACGUCAAGGGCGGCACCAUCAUCGACUCGGACGGUAAGGUUCGCCUGCUCGAGAUCGCCCAGGUGCCCAAGGAGCACGUCAACGAGUUCAAGUCCAUCAAGAAGUUCAAGUACUUCAACACCAACAACAUCUGGAUGAACCUGCGCGCCAUCAAGCGCGUCGUCGAGGAGAACGAGCUCGAGAUGGAGAUCAUCCCCAACGAGAAAUCCAUCCCCGCCGACAAGAAGGGCGAGGCCGACCAGGCCAUCUACCAGCUCGAAACCGCCGUCGGCGCCGCCAUCCGCCACUUCAAGAACGCCCACGGCGUCAACGUGCCCCGCCGCCGCUUCCUGCCCGUCAAGACCUGCUCCGACCUCCUCCUCGUCAAGUCGGACCUGUACCGCCUCGAGCACGGUCAGCUGCUCAUGGACCCCAACCGCUUUGGCGGCGUCCCCGUCAUCAAGCUCGGCGGCGACUUCAAGAAGGUCUCGGACUUCCAGAAGCGCAUCCCCUCCAUCCCCCGCAUCGUCGAGCUCGACCACCUCACCAUCACCGGCGCCGUCAACCUCGGCCGCAACGUCACUCUCAAGGGCACCGUCAUCAUUGUCGCCACCGAGGGCAGCACCAUCGACGUGCCCCCGGGCUCCGUCCUGGAGAACUGCGUCGUCCAGGGCAGCCUGCGCAUCCUGGAGCACUAG